AUGGAUCGAGACGAGCAUCCAGACUUCAGCACGAUCAAGUUUUCUAACUCACCUCGACGAUUCACGCGAAUUACACCUUCGCUUGGAAGUCCGGUCAGGAGCGUACAUCCUGAACAAGAGCGGUCUCGUGGACACAUGGAAUCGAUCGACAGCCAGGCCGACUUCGGUCAUCGGACCGCGGAUUUCCUCGAUGUUGAUAGUUCGGACGAUGAGACAAAGAUACUCCCAGGCACUGCCCUAGAAAGUACCAGAAGAGAAAGAUCAAGGUCGCCUGCGAAGCGAAAACAGCCACCUCCGUCCGCACAAUCGUUCGUGUCGCGAUGCGAGCCCAAGCGCGUAUCGCUUCCUCCGGACAGCGAUGGAUACCAACGGCUUGACUCGAAUCUCAAUCAGCAGAUACCGAUUGAGAAUGCACGAAGGGGUGGCACUCCAAGUACUGUCACAUCUUUCAAUGGAUCUGUCACUGAAUUAUUGGGUGAAAAUGAGGAAAAUGACGCCCCUCAACAUCCGAGACCUGCUCGGCUUCCCUCUAAUCAGACUGCCCAAAGCACCAAGAGAUGGACGAUGGAUCAGGAAUUCCAACACCGCACGUCGCAGUCCUCCGACAAACUUGACCAACGAUUAGGCGUCCACGCCAUCGCCUACGAUCUUCUGUUACGUGGUCUGCUUACUGACGAGGAGGUCAUGCGCGGGCACAGACCGGCAUCGCCGCUUGCAUCCCGACUUUCAGGCAUUCGCAGCUCAAUGCUUCCCCCAGCUCUGCGUAGUCAUGAUCCCAGAAGUCCGAAAGACCAUCUGUUUCCAAAUGGUGGCGUGGACAGGAACGCUCCAGGGACAGGCGGCAACGGCAAGAAAGUGCAAGUCGUACCUCCACCAAUCGACACAACUGCACCGCAAAGAUCGCUGCCUGCCGAUAUGGUACGCACGCCAUAUCCUCAUUCGUAUGACCGGAUCUAUCGCAAAGACUUUGAUCGCGAGCCGCCCUCAGCUAUGGAGAGCCCAAUGGGCGCAACGGAAAGUGUCCUCACAUUGAGCAUACGGAAAAGCAAUCCGAACAGCAAGACACGAGUCACAAGCCUCACGAUCCCUGCUUCGAACGAUUACAGCGCCGUGCGAACAAACAAAGCCGGUGGCGACGAAAAGUGCUACCGAGCAGCCGACUUUGAUGAUGCGGAAUUCUUCAAUCAGCUCCGGUUAGCAUACAGACAACUUAGCAGCACUCCCAUCCGCCUCUUCUCCGCACGGAAAUUAACCCGCAUCGUCGUCAGUGGUCCAGCCUCGCGCGCGGCAGAUGCAGGAUACGGCUGGCUUCUUCAACCGCGCAGUCCACGGAUACUGGCAUACAAUGGCUUGACAGAUACAUUCAGUGAAGAGAAAAUCUUGCAACACUAUCGAAAGCCAGCUCUCGGGAAAUCUAGAUAUGCUUUUGUGCACUGGGCACAUCGCUUAGCGGCUGCACCUCCUCCCACGAGGCCGACCAGUCCUCCUGCAAGUGGUGAAGAGGUACCGCAACCUUCACCUCAAAGUCGAGAACUGCUACACCGGAUCGAACAGCCCGAAGGACUUGAACUCAUUAUGAGCUGGUCGAUUUCGAGGAUCUUGCUUGCCUUGACGAUUGUGGUGGUGUUUAGUCUUGCCGCUAUCUUGCUUUGGACUUUUCUGGGGAAGAAUACGCCGUCGCAAAUGCCUGCAUCUGCGGGUUUCAAGGGAGCUGGGGAUCGCGUGGGGACGGGUGUACUUAUCGGCAUCGUUGUGUUUCUGAUUGGGUUGGGGAUGAUUGCUGGGUGGUUAGGGAUUAGCUGGCUUGUGAUUUGA